UCGUGGGAGAAAGUAAGAAGAGGGAGAGAGAAAGAGAGAUUGAGAGAGAGUGAUUUCAAGUCUCUCUCUGCUUUCUUGUAAACUCAAUGGGGCUCUAGCAUUAGGGAUAUCAAGCUGUAAAACUACAUAUUUAUUACCCGUUCCCUUUUUUCUAUUUAAGUUUUGUACAUAAGAUAGGUAACUUAUUAAAGAACAAGUACAACCAAACCGGUCAAAAGCUGGGAAAAUAUGGAUAUUCGGAAGAAGCGGAGGCCGUGGUGCGCUCUGGUCUUUGUCGCGCUUAUGUGCCAAACUCUGGCACAAGCAGAUCCAGUUGAUGUUUUGCGGGUGCUGCAGUUGCCUUCCCUCCCUGAAGGUGUGCAAAAGGUUCCGGGUUUCUGCACAUCACGUCGAGCUGGUACUCCUGAUCAUGCCUACCGUAUCACCAAGAAAGCCCAGAUCUCUGCCCCCACUAAACAACUGUUCUCAGGACGUUUCCCGGAGAACUUCUCCAUCAUGACUCUCGUAAAACCCAAGGCUGGUCUUCAGGCCUUCCUUUUGUCCAUAUACAACGAACAGGGCGUACAGCAACUCGGUCUAGAAUUGGGACGCUCACCUAUCUUCCUUUAUGAGGACCAGAAUCGCAAACCCGCCCCAGAGAACUACCCACUGUUCAGAGGGGUCAACUUGGCUGACGGCAAGUGGCACCGCAUUGCUAUUUCCGUGCAGAAGAAAAACAUUACUUUGAUUCUGGACUGCAAGAAUCGCAUCACCAAAUCUCUGCCUCGUAGCAGCAACCCAGUCUUGGACACCAAGGGCAUCACUGUCUUUGGGGCCCGUUUACUGGACGAGGAAGUGUUCCAGGGUGAGAUCCAGCAGUUGCUGAUCGCUUCCAACCCUCAGGCUGCCUAUGACUUCUGUGAGCACUACAGCCCGGACUGUGAUUCCACCCUGCCCAAAGUCCAGUCCCAGGACCCAAACACCUACGAUGUAGAUCCUGCUUAUUCUGAGGCUGACCACACCCCCACAGAGACUGAUUAUUAUUACACAGUAGAAGAAGAGGCGAGUCCACAGCCAGAGAGUGAUCUGACUGGAUAUGAAGAAACCAUUACACAGGUUGAUGAGCCUGUCCCGGGUGAGGAGACAGAUCUUACAGGUGUUGAAGGGGAGUCUCAGACGCCAGAUGAGCCCUUCACUGAGGAGUACAUAACCAGUGACUUUGGAAUGAAGGAAUAUGACUAUUCCUACAAGGACUACAAUGAACCCAUCUCUGAAAGCAAGACAGAAGACAGCCUAGGUCCCGCCCUGUCCGCUGUGACAGAUGAGGGGGGCGCCUCCGUGCUAGCCCUGAAGGGAGAGAAGGGAGAGCCUGCUGUCCUUGAACCUGGCAUGUUGAUUGAAGGACCACCUGGCCCAGAAGGACCAGCAGGUCUCCCUGGCCCCUCUGGCCCGUCUGGACCUCCUGGUUCUGUUGGUGAUCCAGGUGAGAGGGGUCCUCCUGGUAAGGCUGGUCUACCUGGAGCAGAUGGUGUCCCAGGACCUCCAGGAACUUCAGUCAUGCUUCCUUUCCGUUUUGGACAGAGUGGGGGCGACAAAGGGCCCAUGGCCUCAGCACAGGAGGCUCAAGCUCAAGCCAUUCUGUCUCAAGCUCGGCUUGCUCUGAAGGGCCCGGCAGGGCCAAUGGGCUUUACUGGCCGUCCCGGACCUUCGGGAACACCUGGAAGUCCUGGGUUUAAGGGAGAGAGUGGAGACCCUGGUCCUCAGGGCCCCAGAGGUCCUCAAGGGUUGUCUGGUCCUCCUGGCAAAGCUGGUCGUAGGGGUCGUGCCGGUGCGGAUGGGGGCAGAGGAAUGCCAGGAGAGCCCGGAAUUAAGGGUGACCGUGGCUUUGAUGGCCUUCCUGGUUUGCCUGGUGACAAAGGUUAUCGCGGUCAAACUGGAGGAAUGGGACCCGCAGGACCCCCUGGAGAGGAUGGAGAGAGGGGAGAUGAUGGAGAGGUCGGACCCAGGGGUCUUCCAGGCGAACCGGGGCCCCGUGGUUUACUGGGGCCUAAAGGGCCCACUGGACUUCCUGGACCUCCUGGUGUUCAAGGAAAUGAUGGUCCACAUGGUCCAAAAGGAAACUUGGGACCCCAAGGAGAGCCAGGUCCUCCAGGACAGCAGGGGGCCCUAGGAACACAGGGAACGUCUGGUCCACAGGGGCCUCAUGGUCCACCAGGAGAGAAAGGACCCACUGGAAAGCCAGGUUUGCCAGGGAUGCCUGGAGCUGACGGUCCAGCCGGUCAUCCUGGAAAAGAAGGCCCUGGUGGAACCAAAGGAAAUCAGGGUCCAAAUGGUCCUCAGGGGUCUAUUGGCUAUCCUGGCCCUCGGGGAAUUAAGGGAACUCAAGGUAUCCGUGGACUGAAAGGUCAUAAGGGAGAGAAGGGAGAGGACGGCUUUCCUGGAAUCAAAGGAGACUUUGGUGUAAAGGGGGAAAGGGGAGAAGUGGGAGUGCCUGGCCCUAGAGGAGAGGACGGUCCUGAGGGUCCAAAGGGUCGUGUCGGCCCCCCUGGUGAGAUCGGUCUACUCGGCGUGGUGGGAGAGAAGGGUAAACUUGGUGUGCCUGGACUUCCAGGUUAUCCCGGAAGGCAAGGAAUUAAGGGCUCCCUUGGUUUCCCAGGGUUCCCUGGUACAAAUGGCGAGAAGGGUGCAAGGGGUUUGAUUGGAAAACCUGGAACAAGAGGACAAAGGGGGCCAAAUGGUCCCAGAGGUCAGAGGGGACCACGUGGGUCAACAGGAAAAUCAGGUGCUAAGGGUGGAUCAGGAAGUGACGGGCCUUCUGGACCAGCAGGGGAGAGAGGCCUGCCUGGAAUCCAAGGUGCAAAUGGAUUCCCUGGGCCAAAGGGACCUCCUGGACCCCCAGGGAAAGAUGGUCUGCCUGGACACCCUGGACAAAGAGGCGAAGUUGGUUUCCAAGGCAAGACUGGACCACCUGGGCCACCAGGCGUGGUUGGACCACAGGGUCCCUCUGGGGAGACUGGUCCCUUGGGUGAGCGUGGCCACUCAGGACCCCCAGGACCACCUGGUGAGCAAGGUCUUUCUGGGCCAUCUGGUAAAGAGGGAACCAAGGGAGAUCCUGGUCCUCCUGGCGGCCCUGGUAAAGACGGACCCCCUGGACUGAGAGGAUUCCCAGGAGAGAGAGGACUGCCAGGAACACCGGGCACCGGGGGACUGAAAGGAAAUGAAGGUCCUGCUGGACCACCUGGAACUGCAGGGUCUCCUGGAGAGAGAGGACCUGCUGGCACAGCAGGCACUGUCGGCCCACCUGGACGCCCUGGACCUCAGGGACCCCCUGGAGCUGCAGGAGAAAAAGGAGUGCCAGGAGAGAAAGGCCCAAUUGGUCCAGCUGGUCGUGACGGCAUCCAGGGUCCAGUUGGUCUUCCAGGCCCCGCUGGACCUCCAGGUGUUUCUGGAGAGGAUGGAGACAAGGGUGAGGUUGGGGAGCCAGGACAUAAGGGAGCUAAAGGAUCCAAGGGAGAACAUGGUCCUCCUGGACCAUCUGGACCACAUGGUCCUGUGGGACAACCUGGUGCAGCUGGUGCUGAUGGGGAGACAGGUGCAAGAGGUCAGCAAGGGCCAUUUGGUUCUAAGGGUGAUGAAGGAUCAAGAGGAUUCCCUGGGCCUCCAGGCCCCAUUGGACUGCAGGGUUUGCCAGGCCCUGCAGGAGAAAAGGGAGAGACAGGAGAUGUUGGGCCACUGGGCCCUCCUGGUCCACCAGGACCACGUGGUCCAGCUGGUCCUAAUGGUGCUGAUGGCCCUCAAGGUCCUCCGGGAGGAUUGGGUAAUCCAGGUCCAAUUGGAGAAAAGGGUGAGCCUGGUGAAUCUGGACCUCCUGGUGUUGGUGGAGAGCCAGGAAAAAUGGGUCCCAGAGGAGAGCGUGGUGAGAAGGGCGAGGCUGGGCACCCUGGCACAUCCGGUACUCCUGGUGGAAAAGGCCCCGGUGGAGACGACGGACCCAAAGGAAACCCUGGUCCUGUUGGUUUCCCUGGUGAUCCUGGACCCCCUGGUGAAGUUGGACCACGAGGCCAAGAUGGAGCAAAGGGAGAAAGAGGAGAGGACGGUGAACAAGGAGAAGCUGGGUCUCCUGGACCAACUGGAGAGAACGGACCACCUGGGUCUCCUGGAAAGAGAGGUCCUCCGGGAACAAGGGGACCAGAGGGCCGUGAGGGAGAAAAAGGAAGCAAGGGCGAUCAAGGUGCCAAUGGCCCUCCAGGAAAGACUGGCCCUGUGGGGCUGCAGGGUCAGCCAGGAAAACCAGGAACUGAGGGUCUAAGAGGGUUGCCAGGAUCAGUGGGUGAGCAAGGUUCUCCAGGACCUGUCGGACAGAAAGGCCCCCCUGGACCUAUGGGUCCUCCAGGUUUACUUGGUCUUCGUGGUGACCCUGGUGCUAAAGGUGAGAAAGGACAUUCAGGUAUGAUCGGUCUGAUUGGGCCUUCAGGAGAACAAGGAGAGAAGGGAGACAGAGGAAUGCCAGGCCCCCAGGGAUCCCAUGGACCCAAGGGAGAAACGGGUAUGUCUGGUGGAACUGGCCCUCUCGGCCCUGCCGGUCCUGGUGGUAUGCCUGGUCCGAGAGGUAUCAAAGGAGCUAAAGGUGCCACUGGUGGAGCUGGUCCUAAGGGACAGAAAGGUGUACAAGGUCCACCAGGACAACCUGGUCCCCCUGGAGAUGUCAUCCAGCCGCUGCCCAUCCAGAUCCCCAAGAAGUCCAAGCGCUCCAUUGAUGCCAGUAAGAUGCUCUUUGAGACUGAUGCUGAGGCUGCCGAUGCCGCAGGCACAGCGUCCAUGACCGGUAGUGAAGGUAUGGAGGAGAUAUUUGGAUCACUCAAUUCCCUUCGCCAGGAGAUCGAGAGCAUGCGAUUCCCGCUGGGAACGCAGGAAAGCCCGGGCCGCACCUGCCAGGACCUCCACCUCAGCCAGCCAGACUUGAAAGACGGCGAGUAUUGGAUUGACCCAAAUCAAGGCUGUACCCGAGACUCUUUCAAGGUGUUCUGCAACUUCACUGCCGGUGGGGAGACUUGUUUGUAUCCUAGCAAAGCAGUAGAAAAUAUAAAGAUCGACUCUUGGCCAAAGGAGAAGCCUGGGUCUUGGUACAGUCAGUUUGCUGAGGGCAGCAAGCUUUCAUAUGUGGACUCAAGUGGAGAACCUGUGGGUGUAGUCCAGCUGGGCUUCUUGCGGCUGCUUAGCGUCCAGGCCCGGCAAAACCUAACCUACCACUGCCACCGUUCAGUGGCCUGGGCUGACCGCACUGCAGACGAUGGCUACCAGAGGGCGCUGCACUUCCAGGCUGCCAAUGAAGAGGAGCUCAGCUAUGAGAUUAACCCAUACAUCAAAGCCCUCGAAGAUGGCUGCUCCUAUCGUAAAGGUUUCGACAGGACAGUGCUGGAGGUGAACACACCACAGGUGGAGCAGCUCCCUCUGCUGGACAUCAAGAUCUCAGACUUUGGGGAGGACAAUCAGAAAUUUGGUUUUGAAGUGGGACCUGUCUGUUUCCUGGGAUAAAAACACACACAUGCUGAGGGCAAGGGGAAUACAAUCACAAAUACAAAAGACACACACAUUAAGCACACACACACACACACACUUAUUCAUCCACUUGACAUAAAUACAACCAUGUGCCAACACUAAAAAAGACAUUUGAUGUUAAGUUUAAGAGGUGGGACACAUACAUACAUUUAUACAUACACACGUUGUUGUGAAACAAAAUUGCACACACAUGUACAUGCCCAGGGAAAAACACUCCCAGCAAUGGAUGGACAACAGAGAAGAGAGCCCUGUCGAAGCGUUCUCGCAAGAGAGGACAAAAGAUAUUGACGAAUGUGGAGGUGUUUUAAGACGCGUGACAGAAGUGUGUUCGAGAAGAUACGACUGCCAUAAAGCGUCAGCUUCUGCAGAAACGCCUUCAGUUCCAGCCCCCUCUCACCUACAUCUCCCCUCCUCACUGUUACUCUUCCUACCUCCAUGCCUGAUUGUUCCUUUUAUAGUCCUGUGCAAGCUCCGCCCCUUCCUACACGUCACUUCCAUAUUACCAUAGAAAAGAAUCUGCAGGUACAAAACUUCAAACUGAGGAAUGGAUGAAUAUUUCAACUACAAGGUUAAGCCAUUAAAUGAAAAAUAAUAAUAAUAAUAACCCUUUCGGUGCUGUAAUAAAAUCUUACUAGCAAUGUAACUUACUGAACGACUGUUUCUUGGGCCAAAUAUAUGCAAUGAAAGCCAUUAACAGUGUAAAGUUUAUUGAACUUGAUAUUGUUGUACAUUUAUUAUAGAUUGAUGAAAUCUGUGAGAAUUUUGAAUUCAUGCCGUGAACAUGCUGCCAACUUACCAGUCCAGUAUUUAUGGUGAAUAAAAGUUAAGCUGGUUAUUGUUCCUCUACAGGAGCAAUUAUAUCUUCAGCCUUUUAAAGAUGAGGCACAUGCAGAUAUGUACACAUAUGCCUUUAGUCUAACAAUCUUUCAAGGUUGUAAAUGACUGAAUGCACGCUUUGUGUAAUUUUGACCCACAGCAUUCAGAACUUGUCAAACGUUCAUCAUUCACGAGCACAGUGUUCAGGCUGGAAUUGUGCAUUAGAAGCAUUUGUACAGAAAUAAUGAGAUUGUAUUGUAUUUAUUUUGUGAAACAAACAGGUGCUCACUAAAGAAUGACCAAAACACUUGCAGUACAAAGUCAUGUGGUAUUUCAUUUGUAAUUAUUUACUGUAGAUUUCUCAUCAGCCUAUUAAAUAUGUCAAUUAAACUCCAAACAACAAGUCUGCCAUCUCCGUAUGAUGUAUACUUGCUUGUGAUCAGUUAUUGGUGAUAUCAGGUAGUUGCAUUAUUUCAAAGCAGUUCAGAUGCAUCUGGCUCAGGACAGUUUAGUGCAUGUGAAGAUGACCAAAAGACCAACAUGUCUUUAUUUUCAGUCAACAGUGGCGAAGGGACAGAGGAAAGAGAGGGAAGGAAUCUGAUGAUGGUUGGGAAAUAUGGUUUGCUAGUUUUUUAUGUAUUUUGUUUUCUUUUUUUAAAACAAAGAGAUGGAAAUGAAAAGCUACAAAGAUUAUUUGUGAAUUAAAAGUUGUUUGUGUGGGGUUUUGUUUUCACAAGGACAAUACUGAUAGCAUUGUUUUUGUCAGUGAAAGACACAAUUUCUCUACUAAAUAUGGAAAUAUGGUGCUAAAACUUGUUUUGUAAGUACUUAAAUCUGUUUCUGUAAUAUAUAAUCUAUUUAAAGAGCUGUUGGACUCCUUUGUUUUUCUUUACUCCAUUUAUUUCCAGUUAACUUGUCAAUAUUGCAACGUGUUUUUGUUAUUAUUUGGUCUGCCUGUUCAUUUUUCUUUGCCAAAUUCCCAUUUUACAUCUUAUUGUAAUGGCUAACCAGUUACCCCAAAAAUGAAGAUCUCCAACCCACAGCAGAUGUCUUCUCAAGUCUCAGUGAACCAAUGAGACGAAUUGCAUGAAAUCUGGCCAUUUUCCUCCAAACACCUUUCUAAAAUUCUUAAGCUAAUAAUAAAUGGUCAUGUUUCACUCGUCAUUUUGUUUCAGUUCUGUUCGUUUGGGUUUUGAACUGUUACCUGUCUUCAUUUUCUGACGAUGUUGUUUUGGUCCAGACUUUCCCAUUAAACCACACAUCAACGCGUUUCCUCCUGUGUGAACAUAAUUGUUUUUGGGUUAAUUGGGUUGAGUGUA